AACAGCCGUUUUUUCCAGCUGAAUGGCAUGGCUCAAUGUCCAGGCAGCCUCCCGAAAGCCUGGCAGUGGCGAUGGCGAUGUGUUGAAUCGCCUGCAUUUGGGGCGUGGCCUCCAGAGUUUGCAGGGUGACAAAGCGCCUGAAACAGCAGGGAAGGUGGAUGCCUUCGCACCUCCAGUGAAACCCAGGGGUGGUGGCAUCUCUGCCCUGGCGGCUGCUGCCUCAGAGGCUGCCUUGCGACCCGCCAAAGGACCCACCACUACAGCGCCCCCGGCGCCAGUGCUGGGACGCUAUGGUCUUCCAGCAGAGGAGAGACACAAAGCUGGCAUGGGGAAAAACUGCUGCUGUCUCAGAACUGUUGCUUGGAUCAAGGAAGAUGCCGUGGUGCUCUACCGAUCCUCCUCUGGAAAAGAGAUGAAGGUCAUGGUGAAGCAGGUCACACCAGAGAAGGUGAAAAUCCUCUUCACUGAUGGCAAGACCUGGAAAGGCUUCUCACAUUCGCAAAUUUUGGCGAAGGAUGGGCCUCUUCGACAGAGGAUAUCUUCGUCCAUUGAUGGUCGAAAUCGCUCGCGGUCCCCGCCGCCCAAGGUCUUGGUCACAGUGUCCGAUGAGGUGGAGGUCCUUGACGACUGAUGCUCGAUGCGAGAUCAGAUGUGUUGACCAACAAAGAUUGGUGUGGAAUCUCACGCGACGAGUCAAAAAGAAA